UCCAUGAACCGCGGCUGCCGUCCGCGGCUCUGUGUGGCGUGGAGCGAAAUUUGAACCUCUCCGUGCUGCAGUUGGGCUGUGUUUUUGUUGGUUUUUAGUUUUUAUCAACAUGUUUUAAGAUGCGUGUGGCGUUUUUAUGACAUAAUUUUAUAUUUUUUUUAGUAGCAGAACCACACAGUCAAUAACUCGACGAGAUGUCUGCCGUAGAGAUUAACACUGCUAGCACUGAUGGAGAUGAGAGGGAGAAAAUGUUGUCUCCGUCAGAAGAGAGCACCCCUCCACUAUUAAACGGCACUUCUGCCCACCUGAAUUUCUGCACGCUCACACCUCGUCAGUUUGGGAUCUCGGUGCAGAGUUUUACCCCUGCACCGCCAUCGAACUGCAAAGACAAGUCUCGUCUAGCACAAAUAAAGGCAAGGCGGCGGUCCAGUGUUGGUGUCCGAGGCUCCCCAGAGACAAACUCACUCAUCCGCUUCAUGGCACAGCAGAGGAUGAAAACUCCAACAACCCAACACACUUCAGAGCAUGUCAGAAAUAGCCCCUUCCUUCCACGCGUCCCUUCCACACUGAGGCAGAAGAUGGCCUCCUUCCAGGGUCUGAUGGAUGUGGAGGAGAGUGAGGUCUGUGGUCUAAUGCCAGAGCAGGACAACAACACGGGAGAAUGCAUCAAGACAAGAGAUUGUCUGUCGGAUGGGAGCAGCAAGGAGAACCACCCACCAGUGAAGAGGAGGAGGUGCCUGGCCCCACUUGAAAGCGCUGUGGUGCAGAUUAGAAAGGCCAGCGCUCCUGUCCUCCAGUUCAAGUUUAAAGAGCAGGAGGAGGCUGAAGUACCAGUGCCACAGGUUUUAACACCAAGACCGAUGCCACCCAGUGAGACUGUGAAAGAGACCCAGGCUGUGCUGAUUUCCCCACCUCUACAUGUUGAAUCUGAGCUCCAGCCAUGUUCCCCUUCUAAGAACCAACAGCAAGACGGUGUCUUUGAACUGCAAAGCCUCAACCGACCACCAGCUGAUGAUCCUGCUUCACCACCUCACCCAGUCUCUCCCUUCCACAUCACCUCCCUCCCUUCUGUGCUUGAGAUGAAGCCCACAGGAAAGGAUGACUCCACUGGCUUGUCUGCUGUAAAGAGGAAAAAGAAGGUGCACUUUGGAGGUCCGCUCUCCCCUGAGUUAUUCGAUAAGAACUUGCCCCCCAGCACCCCAUUACAGAAGGGUUCCACUCCUGCCCGAGCACCCACCCCAGGUGGGGGCUUACUGCUGCGCUCACUGCUGAAGACACCGCAGAGAAGUGUAGCCCAGACGCCGCAAGCUCAGCCAGACUACAGCGACCACGCCGAGUUUGGUGCCUCUCCUACGCUAGCACUUCCUCGCAACUUCAGAACGCGGCCUGUGGGCGAAGAGAGUGAGGAAGCGGGAGAAAAGAUCGUUUUCCCUUCAUUGGAGGAGAUUGACUCUGCACAGUCAAAUGAUUCAGAAUAUACGUGGGACUCCCAGCCAUUAAACCUAAACGCUGCUUUCAAUGAGGAGUCUCCUUCUCACAUAGUGACAGAGUCAGAGAGUGAACCCAUCACAGCAUCCCAGGUGGAUGUCCUCGGUGAGCCUGCAUCUUUACCAGAGAAGGAGAAACAGCCUGAAGCAACUGCAGUCAGAUCUCACACCCGAAGGAAGAAGUCAGAACCGGGGUGUGAAUCUACCAGCGAGGCUCCAGCUGACUCCAGCAGUCGAAAGAGAAAGCGCACACAGGAGAGUGAACCUGUGAAGAGGUCGACACGCUCUGCUGCCAAGAUGGCCUCUGGGAAGAUGAAGAAAACCACCACAGCGACACGUCAGUGGAAAAAGGACGUGGAUCGCUCCCUGUAUGGCUCUCGGGAAUUCGCCUCUAAGAACCCCUCCCUGAGUCCCAUCACCGAGCUGCUGUCUCUCUUCAGUCAGUCCCCAGCUACACAGCCAACUCCCUCCAUCAGCUGCACGGAACAUACAGCACCAAAUGCAGAGACUCACUUGAGCCCUGAGAAUAUCAACAAUACUGAAGUCACUGGUGACCUCGCUGAGACACAUGCCUUAGAAAAUGCUUCAGAAGACUCGGCCCCAUCUCCAGACUCCAAUAAAAGGUGCAGCACAGGGAAAGGCCGGAAGCUGUCAGGGCCAAGGUCCAGAGGGAGGGGAAGGAAGAAUAGGAAGGUCGGUGUUUCUGACUGUGACUGGCUCAGUGAGGAGCCUGGGGAGCAGACUGGAGGAACCACACCAGAGCUCUGUGAAGACCAAACCUCGACAAACCCACUGUGCCACACUGCACUCGAGCAGGCAGCGGUUGAUAUUGAACUUAAUGACGAGACUCGUGCAGAUGCUCGCAGCACACACUCCGAUGGGAAAUUAGAAAGUCCUGCCAGUCCUGACUCCUUCCCAAUUUCAGGUGAAGAACUCAACUCCUCGAGUCAGCAACACGCAGCCGAGCAUUUUGGGAGAAACUCUGCCAACGGCCAAGUCGUACAGGAAUGGGAUGAACAAGUCAAGGACCAGCCGAGCCAUGAAGUGGAGGAGAAGCGACAAGGAGACCGCACAGCAAAGCAGCACGACGGCAACAGCAGGUCAGGCUCCUGCAGUCAGGAGGAGGAGCGAGUGUUUGAUGAGGACCUGGCUCCCUGGCAAGCUGACUUUAACUUUGAAGACGUGUUUAAACCUGUUGCCACUAGAGGACAGCGGUCCGUGCGCCGCAGCCUUAGGAACCAGAGCAGCAUCGUCUCCAGCAGCGGUGGCGCGGGUCUCGCUUGGCUUCCUCGAACGUCCCCCGAGUCCAGUAAAGGGGCUCGUAGGAGAACCCGGGGCCGCCGGCUCAGUGCAGCUCAACCUGUCCAACCGUCAGCCUCUGACGAGACCCACGACGACGCUUCAUGAGACUUUACACUGAGGACACGGUACUCUGUGUAUAUGAAUGAAUUAAGAUUAGCAGGAUUACAUGAUAACCUUCAACGCUCUGUCACGUAAAGCCUCCCCAUUUUCUUAAGAUUAAAUUUUACCCUUUUUUCUCCAAAGAUUGGGCUGAUGGUUGAUUUUUUUCUCUCUCCCUCUUUCUCUCCCUGUGCUUGAAUUAUUAGAGCUGACCAGUAAAUUGUUGCCAAAUUACCUCCAGUAACCAAGCCAGUCAAUAACACUGAGAGCACAGCAGUGAUGUCUGCUGACCACCACCUAAUCAAUAACCAAGCGCUCCUCAGCUGGUAAUCAGAGUGCAUCUUCCCUCUCCAUCUGCAAAGUGACUGGAUCAAGCAGGUCCAAGUCAAUAUCUCUUCUUUGUGGAUGGAUGAAGGUGGCCCUUUUUUUUCCCGGGGGUCGACGGAUUCAUGUAUAGAAUAAAGUGAAAAGCAGCGGAGAGAGAUCAAAAUAUAGGCUCUCACAAUUCUGUUUAAUUCUCUUGGACUGUUUUUUAAGUGCUCAGUGUUUUCAGCAAUGAAGAUGUUCCCAUUUGACUGCAUUAUCUGAGCUUUUAGACAGUUGGUUUGUGACUGUGACAGCCUGUCAAACUAAUAUUUUCUUGUAUAAUGCAGCAGAGUAAGUAUGAGUUGGCAUUUAAUGUGCAAAUGUUGGCUGAUGAGAUGCUUUCUCCACCAAACUGUUUUCCCUUUAAACAUGUGAUUAAGGCUGGGCAGUGAAUUCACACAAUAAAACCCAACAAUCUUCACUAA